AUGAAUUUAUUAACAAGUAUUUUCGAAUCAUUAGUUCCUUUAUCUUCCGAUGGUUUUAAUUAUCAUUUUAUUGUUUUUGCACCACAUGGUAUACUUUUUGAGUAUAUUAAUUUGGCACAAUUUUGUAUUGCUGUUAGAUGUUCGAUGUGUGCUUAUACUUAUGGUAUUUUAAUUGUUCAUUUCGUCUAUCGAUAUUUUGCAAUUUGCCAGUGAGGUUUGAAUGAGCAAGAUCAUAGCCUAAUUAUUAAUUUUUAAAGCAUCGAAUACACUGUUAAUUUUUUCAAACCCCAAUUCCUCAUAUUAAUUAUCUUCUUCACAUUCUCAUAUGGAACUAUGUGGAUGGCUAUUAUAUUUCAAUGGCUUUGGCCAAAUGAUUCUUCUCGAUAUUUAGUAGAUCAAGGAUUCAGAGAAACUUAUGGUGAAUCAAGUUAUAAUAUUCCAAUGAUUCUAACGAAUUAUGAAUGGCCAAUUGAAAAUUGGAAAACAAAUGGACUUGUUGGAAUGGGUUUAGCAACCUUGAAUUCGGUGGUUGCAUUAUCUAUUGAUGCUAUUCUUGCCUGGAAAAUCCACUCAGCAUUGAAAAUCUUCAAUAUAAGUCCAGUUAUUCGUAAACUUCAUCGUAACUUAUUAAUAACUCUUAUAACUCAAACCACAAUUCCAACUAUUGCUACAUUUGUUCCUUGUAUGAUUGCCUGGUAUUAUCCAUUUUUCGGCUUAAAAUGGGGAUAUUUCAAUAAUUCGUUUUUGAUUCCAUUUAUUAGUUUCUAUCCUGCAAUUGAUCCAAUUGUAAUUACUUUGUCGAUUACAAAUUAUCGAAAUGUUUUGGUUUCAUUUUUUAUAAACCGACUUGAAACUGAAGAUAUGCGAACAAGAUGGAGAAGUAUUUUUCGUAUCGAUGGAUAG